AUGAACGCAACCCCACAGUAUGCGAGUAUGGCUACUCCAGGAGGACAGCCAGGUGUGCCUGUCUGUCUCAAUUGCGGCACCAGCACCACCCCUCUGUGGCGCCGCGAUGAAGCCGGCGCCGUCCUCUGCAAUGCCUGCGGCCUCUUCCUCAAACUUCACGGCAGACCACGACCGAUAUCCCUCAAGACAGAUGUUAUAAAGAGCCGCAAUAGAGUGAAGACGUCGCAAUUGGGGAAGAAAAGGGACAGUGGCGAUGGUAGUAAUGGCUUGGCGGGCUUCCAGCAUCAUCAGCAAGUAGUCCAUGUCGGUGGACUGGCAGCAGCGCAUCCAGAUGCUGCGAGUGUGGGUCUGCAUAAUCAUGCUCAUCAUCUGCCCGGGCACGAUGGGUUGACAGCAACUGGCCAGUCAUUAUCGAGGAGUCACACCCCGAGACAGCACGACCCGAACAUUGCUCCACAACACAUCUUCGAUACCGUGAGUCUCGCUCCCGAGUAUCACUCGCCAUCCCUAACAACGACAUUCCGACAACCCUCGCCUUCGUCAUUAUCGCUGAACGGACCGAGCAGCCAGCUGGACACACCACAGACACACGAUCAAAUCGUACAACAAAAUCGCGAUCUUCGAACACGAGUCAGCGAGCUAGAAGUCAUCAACGGCCUGUUCCGUGGUAGAGUCGCGGAACUGGAGAAUAGUGAGCAGGAAGCUCGGAGGGCGGAAAAGGUCAAGGACGAGGAGAUCGCGAGACUCAGAUCAGAGCUGGAAGAUGCGGGGAGAAGGAUCGCGGAGCUGAGGAAGAGACCGGCGAAGGCGAGCGAGGAGGAGGAGAACAACACAGACGGUAGGAAACGGCCGAGGUUGUCGAACGGAGAGUCGUUGACGGAGCAGGACCACGACGAGCGUGGAGUCAAUGGCAUGCCAGAGGGUAUCGCAUACCCCGAACCACCGCCACGAUCGAGCAAUUUCAUGCUGCCUUGA